AUGGUUGAAAACAACGAUAUCGAAUUAUCCGAAGCAGAGGCAGAACAAUACGACCGUCAAAUCCGCUUAUGGGGCUUGGAAUCUCAGAAAAGGCUACGUGCAUCGAAAGUUUUGAUCAUCGGGAUAGCGGGUCUUGGUGCUGAAAUUGCGAAGAAUGUUAUUCUAUCCGGUGUUAAAAGUGUGUGCUUGUUAGACAACGAGAAGUUGAAGGAAAUUGAUCUGUAUUCGCAGUUUUUGGCACCACCGGACAAAAUCGGUGAAAAUAGAGCAGAAGCAUCACUAACAAGAGCGAGGGCUUUGAACCCAAUGGUAGAGAUUACAUCGGAGACCAAGUCUGUUGAUGAUCUCCCUGACAGUUACUUCGCGGAGUAUGAUAUUGUUUGCGCUACGGGCUUGAAGCAAGAACAACUCGAGCGUAUAAACAAUGCUUGCCGCGACAGCAACAAGAAAUUCCUAUGUGGUGAUGUGUGGGGCAUGUAUGGGUACAUGUUUGCUGACCUCGUCGACCAUGAGUACUCUGAAGAAAUUGUUCAACACAAAGCUGUAAAACGUACUGCAGGUGAAACUGAGAAGAAUGCUCAGGAAACUGUCAGUAUCACUGUAAAACGGAGAGCAAUUUAUGUUCCACUCAAAAUGCGUUGUCUGUGGACUGGAUGA